AUGCUAUCUAAAGCAGGGCGGGAGGUGCUCAUUAAGUCUGUGGCUUCUACUAUUUCCAGUUAUGCGGGUUCACACUUUAUUCUCCCUGCCUCUCACCAUGAAACAACCAGGAAGGCGACGACGAAUUUCUUUUACGGUCAGGAGGAUGAGAGGAAGAAACUCCACUGGAUUUCCUGGACUAGACUAUGCCGGUCGAAGGAGAAAGGAGGUUUGGGAUUCAGGGAGCCUACUCUCCACAAUAGGGCGCUUCUUGCUAAGGUUGCCUGGAGGUUGUUUGAGCAACUGGAUUCCUUAUGGGCCAAAUUCAUGAAAGCUAUAUAUUUUCCAAACCGCCAAUUUUUGGAUGCUUCGCUGGGUCAUAACCCCUCUUGGGCAUGGAGAAGUAUACUGGAGGGGAGAAAGGUGGUUGAGUCCGGUCUUCUCUGGUCCAUAGGAAAUGGAAACAAGGUGAAUAUUUGGAGCAGCAAUUGGAUUCCCUCACACCACAACUUUAAAAUCCAAGGCCAACGUCCUUCCAGGUGCCACCUAGAGAAGGUGGAGGACCUUAUCGAUCAUGGGAACCGAGUUUGGAACAUGGAUCUUUUAAAUCAAUUGUUCUCGGAGGAAGAUAGGGAGGCCAUUAAGAAGAUUCACCUAAGCGUGAAUCCAUCGGAAGAUUAUGUGUGUUGGGGAGGAGCUAGGAAUGGUCUUUUCUCUAUAAAGACUGUGUACCACCUGUUAAGCAAUCAACGGGAUCGGCAACUCUCGAGCCGUGUCGCCUCGUCUUGA